CGGCUCUUGACCCUUACUUUCAUUCUGAACUGAGUUUUAGUUAAUUCUUGUACCCAAACACACCCUGAUAAUUUUGUAUCCAGCAACGCUUUUAUGAAGAGUUUUCUUCCAAACGGAAGACAAAAAUGGCGGAAUUAGUAAAGAGCAAAGAGAUGAUAAAUUUUUUGGAAUCGGGAAUUUACCGAUUUAUCUCAAAUUUUACUUUUAUGGAUCCUGUUCGAGUUCUUAAUGCUUCUGAUUAUACUCAGUUUAGGGUUUCUCAUUCUGUUUACUACAACCGAUUCUUCGAAUGUGAAGACAAAGAAAAAACUAGGGUUUCAACGAGUUCUAAGAAACGAAAACGGAAAGAAAGAAAACCUUAUACUCUUAAUGAAAGAGAGCGUUCUGCAGAUCAACGUCACCAGGAAGCAAAGCCACUGUUAUUGAAGGCACAUGAAGUUUUGUUAGGAGCUAAAGAUCUUUUACAUUGUAUUAGUAACUUAAAAAGUGAUGGUGGAGAUGAUGAUAGUUGUUGUUCGAAUGGGAUUAGAGAGUCAUGUAUUGAAGAUGGGAAAAAACAAUCCUUUGUGGAGCUUGGAAGUGUUUGGCAAGCUCCUUUAUAUGAAAUUUCUAUAAAUCAUCGGGAAGAAAAUAUGACCACAGCGGAUUCAGGUUCAUCCCUUGGCGUGUCAAGAUUAGUGCCAGCAUUUAAUAACCUAGUCAUGAAUGAGAGUUGUGAUGAUGUGGAGGCAAAAAUCUUGAAUAACCGUUAUGUUUUGCCUGGAAAUAGCUGCUUCUUUAUGUCAGACUUGAAGCAGAUUCAUGACCUGAUUCCUGCUGAUACUGAUAGCGGAUUCAAUCUUAUUGUAAUUGAUCCACCAUGGGAGAAUGGGAGUGCAAGACAGAAAUCAUUGUACCCAACAUUGCCUAAUCGAUACUUCUUGUCCCUUCCGAUUAAACAACUUACUCACACAAAAGGAGCUCUUGUGGCCUUAUGGGUUACGAAUAGGGAGAAAUUGCGAACUUUUGUGGAGAAAGAACUAUUCCCACUGUGGGGUGUCAGUUACUCAGCUAUCUUUUACUGGUUGAAGGUGAAAGCAGAUGGGUCGCUGAUCAAUGAGCUAGACCUCUUCCAUCAUCGUCCUUAUGAGUGCCUUCUUUUAGGUUAUUGUCAUGGGGAGAAAAUGAAUACUGAGCUUACUUCUACAUAUAAGCAUCUGGAAGAAAAUCAAGUUAUCAUCAGUGUCCCCGGGGAGUACUCAAGGAAACCCCCAGUUGGAAAGUUGCUAAUGGAUUAUCUGCCAGGAACCGGGCCAGCACGAUGUAUUGAACUCUUUGCUAGAGAAAUGUUUGCUGGAUGGACUUCUUGGGGAAAUGAACCUCUCCACUUUCAGGAGGGGGAUCUUACAUCGGAAUUAUUGAAGGAAAGAUUCAGUUCGAACUGGAGACAUAAAUGUCUUUCAUCGUGGAGUUAAACGAACUCGCGGAUCAACAAUAGAUCACUUAGAAGCACCAUGAGCUAGGUGUCACCCUGAGCACAUAAAUCGAGAAAAUGGUUCUUCUCGGGUAAAAGGAUGAUUAGAUGUCGUGUUUUCCAACUAAGGGACGACAAAAUACUAGUUUUGAACCAUGUUAAUGUUUUAAGUGUGUUCGAAAAUCAGAAUAUCAUUUAUGGUCGUGAAAAUUCCAUUUGCUCAA